CUCUCUUUUUUUUUUUCUCUCAAAAUUGAGGUUAACUUUCUCAAGCCAAAAAGAAACUCAAGACAGAAUAACAUUUUUUUGUUGUUAUUUCUAUUAAUAAAAAAAAAGUAAAUAAACAAGAAUAAAUCAUGACAUCAAAAGUUACUUUCAAAAUAACUCUGACGUCUGAUCCAAAAUUGCCAUUCAAAGUACUUAAAGUACCAGAGACAACACCACUUACUGCUGUAUUAAAAUUUGCUGCUGAAGAAUUUAGAGUUAAUGCUGAAACAUCAGCAAUUAUUACUGAUGAUGGUGUUGGUAUUAAUCCAUCUCAAACAGCUGGUACAGUUUUUUUAAAACAUGGAUCACAACUUAGACUCAUUCCAAGAGAUCGUGUUGGUGGAAAAAAUUAAUUAAAAAUAUAUUUUUUAUCUAAAUUAAAUGAAGAAAAAAUAUUGAUUUAUAUUGUAAAAAAA